AAAGAACGGAUGCGCGCGCGCGGAAAAGAUGCUGUUUAACCUAUGAUUUGUUCAUGAAUUUGGUUUUGUGAGUGAUGUAGAUGAGAUAUAAAAAUAGUUGCAGAAAUCUAAGCAAAGAUGAAUUUCAUAUUGGAACGGUUGCACGUUCAAGAGAGAAUUGUCCUCGAAUGUGGCAAAUCUUACACUUGUGGUAGAGGCAAAGGAAAUAUGAUUGUAUGCCUAGGUCUACAGGUAUCCCGUAAGCAUUGUGUUUUUUUCCACGCUAUGGACAAGCUAUUCGUCACAGAUUUGAAGAGCUCAAAUGGAAUUUUCAUCAAUGGCAAACCACAAUCGCCGUAUGAAAUGGUACAGCUUCAGCAAAAUGAUAUUGUUGGAAUUGGCUGUUCAGAUAUUAAUCCAGAGGAUAUCACACUAUUUGCAUAUAAAGUUUACAUUGCAAGGACAUCAGAUCCUGCUGAAGUAGCAAAUACAAGUGAUAUGUCGACAACAGUACUAAUUUGUGAUACAAUAGUAAAUCAAAAGCAGUCUAAUUCUGAUAUACAUAAUGCUUCAAGAGACAAACGUGCUAUUUCUCCAAAUAACUGUGAUAUGGCUGUUCCAUGUAAAAUACCAAAAUACAAACUAGAUAAUAAUGAUAAUAAUUAUGAUAUUAAUAUUUCUGAAAAAAUUAAGUCUGGUAGUCUACCUGGCCCUAGUACCAGUACAAAUCUUGCUCAAAAUGACAACAGUAACACAAAUAAUGUUGAAAUUAUAUCUGAUACUGUCACACAUAUAAAAGAGGAAAAUGAUGUUGAAAUUAUUGAUACAAUAUUUCCAGAAACAAGUGAAUGGAACAUUGGAGAUAAAAUUCUUAAGUAUGAAACAUAUUUAAACCUUAAAUUAGAAAAACCUUGUUAUCAAACUAAUAACAAAAUGGAUAUCUGUAUUGAUAAGAAUAAUAAGGGUAACAGUAAUAAUAGUGAGGCCGUAAAUGAAGAAUACACUACAAGAGAAAAAACAAAUGGCCUUGAUAAAAUAAAUGACGUAUCAGACUUAAAGGGAGCUAACUUUAUACGUAACAAUGACCAACUUAUUAAGCUCGAAGAUGAAUUGCAGUUAACAGAUGAAGAUGAAAAAGCUCAUGUAGCAGUUGAAAAUAGUGAAGCGUCUAAGACAACAAUCAAAUUGAAAAAAAUAAAACAUGAGCCGAAAACGCGAUUCUCGGAAAUUGACAUUGUCGAUCUCAGUGACAACGAGGACGGAAUAUUUCCGUACUCGCAGUUGUUUGAUAUCAAAUUUGAAAAUAAUGUGAAGCAAGAAGUGGAGAUUAAACAAGAGUGCACCAAUAACGACAUCGAGAACACAGUUCCGUUGGACAUCGACAAGGAAGUCAUUGUAUUAACAGACAGUGAAGAUGAUGAUAAUCCGUGGUUGCAUCGUUUAUCUAGGAGUCAAUUGAUGAACGAAGAUAAGCCUGAUACAGUACAGUCGAUCAUAAAAGAUGAGAUAGAUUUGGGGAUUUGGCACAAAAAUACUUCGGAGAUAAUACAAGAUAGUGUACCGAGUACUUCCAAAGACUUUAACAAGGUAACUGGGAAUAAAACUAGAAAUGAAAUUAAGGCACAGUCGGCUAAUAUUGAUACUUUCGAAGAUUUUGCCUGCAAAGAAACAUUUCUUGAACCUAAAAAUAUAGACAAAAAGAUGGAAUGUGAUGACAAUAGUGAUAUUAAUUUAUCAGUGGCAAAAACAGACGCGAUGGAUGUAGAUGAAGCCGGUCCAUCUAACGAGCCUAGUAUAGAAAAUAUUAAUCAUACAGCUAAACAGAAAACAGAUGCAAAAGAAAAUGCAGAACCACAUAAACAAACAGAAGUCAAUGCAAAAUAUAGUUCGAGGUAUGCCACAACUAGAAGGGUUAUUCCAGUAAUAGAGGCGCCACAUUUGCCUACAAGAAGAGGUCGACACAAGAGCAGCGAUCGUAAAAAGGAUUCAAACAAAGACUCUAACAAAGACUCCAGCAAAGACUAUAGUAAAGCACCAGAAACAUCCGAGGGAAGAUCACCGUCCAGCUCAACAACGGAAGAAGAUAAAAUACAGAAAGAACAAAACAAAAGGACGUCUAAAGGGUCGCCUGAUCAUACCGCAUCGAGCAAGCAGAACCGAACAUCCAUUUCUAAGGAGGAGAAGAAGACAAUAGCGGAGGAGAGAAAGGUCAAGUUGAAGAGGAUUGCCGAGGAAGAGAAAUUGGCGUCUGAUAAUAAUAAAAAUGUUAAACGCGGCACCGCUAAACCGAGGGUUAAAAUAUCGUUGAAGAAUCGAGGGGACUUCCUGUGCAACGAACAACAGCCGCGUGUAUCUAAACCACCCGCAAACAAGUCUGCAGAGAGAGCAAGAUCGAGCAACAAAGCUAAGCGCGCGACAUCAACGUGCGAAUCUGACGUGCAGGAAUCCGUGAUGCAUGACAUCGAAAUGAAGAAAUCAGGCAAAGACAAUAUUUCGAAGAGUACAGUAAAUAACGUUGCCACAUCGCUAGAACAGUCUUUAUCCCUAAAUAAUAUUCUGGACGGAAUUAAAUUGCCUGUAAAAUACAACAACACAAAAGAUUCUAACGUGAACAAUAUUUUAGACCAGAAACGCGAUAGUAAUAAGAUAAAACAUAAAAGCACUGAAAAUACAACCAAUUCCAGCGGAAAGACAAUAUUAAAAUCAACUGAAAUAUCUGCUGAAUGUGCUUCUGUUUCAAACAAGGAAAACAGUCUCUCACCAAAACUUGCUAAAACGAAGAAGAAAGGUGUAACUUUUGCCACGAAUGUGGAUAUAAAAGAAUUCGCGAUUGAAUCGGAAAAUAUGAUGAAAAAAUUAGUCGGGAAAGAUGCGCCGAUCCCAUUUAAUAAAUUAGUCAAAACAAAAGCCAAUGCGGAGUGGAGCCCGAAAUUAGAAGAGUUCCUGUAUCGCAUCUUCAUGUGGAACCCUGUAUGGCUCGAAGAACAACGUUACCUCAAGACUGAACCACCGAUCGUGUCGGAAGAAGAAUUGAAGCAAAUGAAGAUACAUUAUGAAUCCUACUGGGACUACUAUAGAGUCAUGUUGCCUCUUUUAUUACUCGAGACAUGGCACAGUAUAAACAGAGAUUUCGAGACUGUCGCAAAGAAUGCACAACAUAAGACCGCGAUGUGUUCCAUCGUCGCGAACACCAUUUCGCGUUCUCAGAUUCCGACGACCAACUUAUCCUUGACAGUUCUUAUGCUCGAAGUGUUGGUCACACAGGAAGAUUUAAACAGGCAAUCUUAUCCGAAUUUUGGCGACUUGGUGUCUCUCGAGUACGUUCAAUACAACAAAAACCGUAAGCAAACCUUCCACAAAGUGUUCGCGUACGUCACUAGCAUGAACCAGAUGCCCAUCACCAAUUUCACAUAUUACAAUAGAGAGCUAAGGAACCACGUACCCAACGCACAUUCAGUGAUAACGUAUAGCAUACAAACGCGACCUAUCGAACACGAUAUUCUCCUGAACAGAAUACAUAGAGUUCGCACAGUAACAUACCUACGAGCGAAUAUGAGAAUGGUGCAAGCACUACAAUACUUACCUCAGUCGCCUCUUCUGAAUUUGAUUUUGAAUCCGAAGAUCUAUGACUAUCAGUUGCCGCCGUUUAAUACGUCGUUCAAUUGUACCUCGCUCGUUACAAAAGACAACUUAAACUUAAAACAGCUGGAGGCUGUAUCUAGAGUAACGGACGUUGUGAUAAAGAAAGAAGCUAAACUUUGCUUCAUUCAGGGGCCACCAGGAACAGGCAAGUCCAAAGUGAUCGUGAACUUGGUGGCACAAAUAUUAUACGGCAAGCGCGAAAAUAAAAACGACAAGACCAAGAUCCUGCUUUGCGCUCCGUCCAACGCCGCGAUUGACGAAGUUGUGAUGAGACUUCUUGCCAUCAGAUCAAAUCUGAAGCAUCAAUAUAGUUAUACUUUUAAUUUAGUUCGUAUCGGGCGGCCGGAAACCAUGCAUCCAAACGUUAAACCUGUUUCCCCAUCGGAACUGGCGAAACGACAUUUGAGAAAAUUCACGGAGAACGUGAUUUGCUGGUCGAGUAACUCUACAACUAACCUUGAAGGGGAAAAAACGAAGUUACAGUCGCAAAUGGAAGAGUUUCGCGCUGAACUUGAUAAUGUAGCGAGUCUGUCUGAGGCAAAGAGGAGGACGAUCAAGAGAAAAUUAAUUGAUGCGCUUGCGAGGUAUGAACUGUUGAUAAGCAAUAAGUUGUUCGAUGACGUCAAUGUCAAGGAUCGCCUAAGGUUCCAACGCUCCACUGAGGACAUUAUUCUCGCGGGCGCCGAUAUAAUCGCUUGUACACUCUCCUCUUGUUACACUAAUCAGAUGGAAUCUAUCUUUGGCGCCAACAAGGAAAGGCUCUCUGUCUGCAUCGUUGACGAAGCAACUCAGAGUUGCGAGGCGGAGACCUUGAUACCAUUGAUGUUGGGGGUGAAUACUUUGGUUCUGGUGGGCGAUCCGAAUCAGCUACCUGCGACUAUAUUGAGCCAGCGCGCGAAAAAACUGGGAUUAGAUCAGUCGGUGUUCUCGCGAGUACAACUUGCCUUUGCAUCAGAAACGAACAGUCCCGUAAUGGUGUUAAACACCCAAUACCGUAUGGCGCACUCCAUUUCGUAUUGGCCGAACCAAUAUUUCUACGAGGGCAAAUUGAUAGACGCCGUCGAAAUUAGGCUGAACUUCCCAUUUUAUCCUUAUAGAGUGUUGAGGCAUACUUCGGUACAGAAUAAUGACAGGUUCUCCAACACUACCGAGGCGGAAUUCGUAGCCAAUAUGAUCUACGCGAUGUUAAUAUAUGCUAAAUGGGAAAACGCGAACGAAACGAUCACUCUCGGUGUACUUACACCAUAUAACAACCAAAGAACUGUUAUAUUGAACAAAAUUAACGAGAAGAUAUCUACUUUGCCGGUAAAUAUGAAAAAGAAGAUUGCUUUCGAAGUUAACACAGUCGAUAGUUUUCAAGGACAAGAGCGAGAUAUUAU